AUGGCGAUUUCGUCGGAGCCACAUCCUCAUACAGCAACGACGACGCCACCAGAGUUACAUACGUACUCGAGUACGGCAAUACUCUCGGAAUUAGAUGAUUACGGCACGGUGACGAUUCCACAAACAUUCUAUGGUGCAAGGAUGGUUACAUCCAUAUCACCAUCCCCCUCGCCCUCGCCCUCGCCCUCACCCCAAGCAUCACCUUCUCCUCCACCACUACCACCACCACGACGUCUCACGCUACCCGAACAAAUGGAGAUAGACACGGAUCCUGAAAAUGAAAAUGAUAAGGGUAAAGGAAAGGGAAAAGGCAGGGCAAAAGAUAAAGGCAAAGGUAAGGAAAGAGCAAUAACACCACUCGAAUUCACGACUCUCGGCCCAAGACGGCCGCCACAAGGUGGCAUGAACAAUGAUCAUGAUGAUGACGAUGAUGACUCGUACCUCCGAGAGGUCACAUGCGCUGGAUAUUGA